AUGGCGGCUUUUGAGUACCUAGAGUCCCUUCGCACUGCGCAUCCGGAGCUUUCGGAGUGGUACAACACGCUUGCAGAUCUCUACCAGCGGAAGCUCUGGCACCAGCUCACGCUCAAGCUUGAACAGUUCGUUGCCCUUCCUGUCUUUCAGGCUGGCGAUGCUCUCAUACAAUUGUACAAUAAUUUCAUAACUGAUUUUGAGACAAAGAUCAAUCUUCUCAAGCUUUCACAUUUUGCGGUCGUAGUAUCUCGGCGGUACCCAGAGAAUGAUGCUGCUAUUGAUUAUCUUCAAGGAAUAAUUGAAAAGCUUCGCAAUACAAAGGAGAUUCGCAUUGAGGAACCAAUUCUUUAUAUCAAGAUGCAGAUUGCUGUAUAUAAGCUUGAGCAAGGUGAUCAAAAAGAGUGCCAGAAUCUUUUAGAAGAUGGGAAGAGUACACUUGACAGCAUGACUGACAUCGAUCCAUCUGUGUAUGCUAGCUAUUAUUGGAUUUCCUCUCAAUACCAUAAAUCUCGUCAAGAAUUUGCAGAGUUCUACAAAAAUGCUCUCCUCUAUCUAGCUUACACCUCAGUACAGUCGCUAUCGGAAUCAUUUAAGCUGGAUUUGGCAUUUGAUUUAGCCCUGUCAGCACUGUUGGGGGAAAACAUUUACAAUUUUGGAGAACUUCUUGCACAUCCCAUUAUAAAAAGUCUUCUAGGAACCAAGGUUGAGUGGCUGUACUAUAUUCUUGAAGCAUUCAACUCUGGUGAUUUAGUUUGUUAUCAAGAACUAUGCCGUGUCCAUGGAGCUGCUCUGAGUGCCCAACCAGCAUUAGUACAGAAUGAUAAAAAGCUUCUGGAGAAGAUCAACAUUCUUUGCCUGAUGGAAAUCAUCUUCAGUCGGCCAUCAGAAGAUAGAACUAUUCCGCUAAGUGUGAUCGCCAGGCGAACAAAACUUACAGUAGAAGAUGUGGAGUAUCUGCUCAUGAAGAGCCUUUCAGUACAUCUGAUUGAGGGGAUUAUCGAUCAAGUCGAGGGAACAAUUCAUGUGUCGUGGGUUCAACCAAGAGUUUUGGGGAUUCCUCAAAUCAAGUCAUUGCGAGACCGGUUGGAUAAUUGGAUGGAUAAAGUGUGUACUGCUUUGCUAUCUGUUGAGGCAGAAACACCAGAUCUUGUUGCAGCAUAA